AUGCCGCCGCGCCACCGAGGAUCAUCUAGCUACCGCGGCGUUUGUCGGCGCCCCUCCGGCGCCUACUACGCCGAGAUCCGGUCCGAUGACGUCCGCCUCGCCCUCGGCACGAUCGAGAUCGCGCACGAGGCCGCCCGCGCGUACGACGCGGCGGCGUGGCGCCUAGAGAGGCCUCGCGUGCAAUUGAACUUUCACAACGUCUACACGCGCGAGCAGGCACAGCGCGUCGCCCCUCCGCCUCGUGUGAUUACAGAGCUGGACCGUGAGGACCACCGUCCGCUGCAACGCCGCCUCCUCGUCGUAGAGGAGGACGAGCGAGCCAUGGUGGAGUGGCGUCGGCGCCACCCGGAGGACGUCGCCACCGAGAACGCCUUCUGGACGGAGAGGAUGGCAAGGCGCCGCGCGGAGCGUGCCGACAGACGCCGGCGCAAGGCACUGGCCAUGUCGCAGUGCGAUAUCGUCGAGCCAGGCGGGACGUCGAUCUUCUCCCCCGACGAUGACCGUUGGGAAGACAUCUGGCUCGAUACCUCGGACAACACCACCGAGGAUGAUGAGGAGGAGGACGACGACGACUGGGAGUAG